CUAGUGCUAUGGUUGAUUCCUGGUGUAAUGAAAUCCGUGAUGGGGCAAAGUUGGGGGCUGUCCGUUCUCUUCUGAGAGCUUUUCGCAGUGCUUGCCACUAUGGUGAUGAUGGUGGUGAUGACCCAACAGCAAAGUUUAGUACCAUGUCUAGCAGUGUUUUCAAUAAAAUAAUGUUGUUUGUUUUAAAUGAAAUGGAUGGAAUUCUUCGGGGAUUGUUGAACUUACCUCCUUCGGGGGGGAAAAGGGAGAUGGUUAUUGAUCUGAUGACUACAAGACGAUGGAAGAAUUACAAUCAUUUGGUGAAGUCAUAUCUUGGGAAUUCUCUGCAUGUUCUGAAUCAGAUGACGGAUAACGAAAUGAUAGCAUUCAUGUUAAGGCGUCUAAAGUACUCAUCUGUAUUUUUGGCUGCUUUUCCAGCUCUCUUAAGGAAGUACAUUAAGGUUGCUCUUCAUUUCUGGGGUACUGGGAGUGGUGCACUUCCAGUUGUCUCCUUUUUAUUCUUAAGGGACUCAUGCAUACGACUCGGUUCUGACUGCCUCGAUGAUUGCAUCAAAGGAAUGUAUAAAGCGUAUGUCUUGAAUUGCCAGUUUGUUAAUUCAACAAAGUUGCAGCAUUUACAAUUUCUCGGUAAUUGCUUUACUGAACUUCUUCGCCUGGACAUUCCAUCUGCAUAUCAACAUGCCUUUGGUUACAUCCGGCAGUUAGCAAUGAUAUUGAAAGAAGCACUUUCAUGUUCCACCAAAAAGAAAAAAACUAAAAGCAAGGGGAAGGAAGAACCUUCAAGUUCUAAAAAAGAGAAGGGGAAGGAAGCACCUUCCAGUUCUGCAAAAAAGGAAACAUUUAGAAAGGUUUAUCAGUGGAAGUAUAUAAACUGUCUGGAGCUCUGGACUGGAGUUGUUUGUGCAUAUAGCUCAGAAGCUGAGUUGGCGCCCCUUGCUUAUCCAUUGACUCAGAUUAUUACUGGAGUAGCUCGUUUAGUUCCUUCUGCUUGUUAUUUCCCCCUCAGAUUGCGCUGUGUGAGAAUGCUCAGCCGGAUUAGUGCUGCAACUGGUACUUUCGUUCCUGUUUCUCUGCUUCUCCUAGACAUGCUAGAGAUAAAGGAAUUGCGUAAACCUCCCACAGGAGGAGCUGGAAAAGCAGUUGAUUUAUUUUCUAUCCUGAAGGUUAGCAAAUCUACAUUGAAAACCCGAGCAUUUCAGGAGGCUUGUGUUUUCUCUGUAGUCGAGGAGCUCACCGAACAUCUUGCUCAAUGGAGUUACUCAAUUGCUUUCAUGGAGUUGUCUUUUAUUCCUAGUGUUAGGUUGCGAAACUUCUGUAAAUCCACAAAGGUUGAGAGGUUUCGUCGAGAAAUGAGGCGCCUCAUUCGUCAGAUUGAGGCGAACACUGAUUUUAUUAAUAAGAAGCGGACAAAGAUUUCAUUCUUGCCAAAUGACCCUGCAGCUGCAUCUUUCCUCGAGGAUGAGAAAAAGUCAGGUGCCAGCCCCCUGUCGCAAUAUGCUGUCACUUUACGCCAGAGAGCACAGGAAAGAAAUGAUGCAUUGAUGGAAUCCAGUGUGCUCGUUGGAGAUCACUCAUCCAAAUUUGGAAAUGAGAUAACAUCAGAUGAUGAAUAUGACAAUUCCGAAAAUGAAGAGAGUAAUGGUCUUUUGCUACCUGGGAAAGAUUCCAAGCUUACGCAUCAGAAAGAUGUUAAAAAGAAGAAGAAGAAGAAUAUUGAACCCCUGGAAGAGACAGCUCUCGAUGAGGACAUAAUCGAGGAUUUCAUACUCAGCUCCGACGAAGAUGAUAAUCCAGUAAGCGGCACUGUCGAGGAAGAAGACAGUGAGCCUGAGGCUGCGGCCCCAGCCCAGCGCAACAAGAAACGAAAACAACCCAUGGAGAUGUCAAAAGACAAGGCAAAGCUUCGGAAUAGUAAGUCAAAGAAGAUGAAGAAGAAGGCCCAGGGUAAGUUGUAGUUUUCUCAAGUUUGCAUGAGCCAAUUUGGUAUUCUAUUUUACACAUUCCUAUAUGAUUUAAUUCGAUCAAAUUACAUCAUACAUAAGUUGGUAUAUCAAAUCCCCAUAUUUUUUCUUCCAGCACAAUCAUAGUAUAGAUUCUAGUCAUACUGUCAUAGCCUCUUUAGAAUGGAUAUGUCCUUUUAUCCAAGGGUUAAUCACACUUAAA